AUGCCACAGAGAGUCCACAAGAAAUCUCGCAACGGAUGUCUCGAGUGUAAGCGGCGCCACGUCAAGUGCGAUGAGAGACAUCCCAUUUGCUCGAAUUGCCAUAGCGCCGAGCGAGUCUGUGAGUACGGAAGCCGCUCUUUGCUGAGAGCAGCAGCUCCACGGCCAGUAGUACAUGCAGCCAGAGCAGCUUCACCGCCUAUACCUCUCGGGAGUACACCGCGGGAGAGCCCUGAAAAUGAACCCUCACAGGCACCCUUCCGCAGCCAGGCCGUGAACAUACUCCAUAUCGAGCUCUUCCACAACUUGUACACCAAGAUCCGCACCAGCUUCGACCCCAACAGAUCUAUAUCAUGGCUAGCAGAUGGUGUGGACCCUACUACAGCCCCAUAUCUAGUCAACGAGCUGCUCGCAUUUAGUGCCCUACACCUAAGUACGGCACGACCAGAUCGCCGCGAAUACUACCGCUACCACGCAGCCCAGCUACAAACCGACGCGUUGUCCAUUUUCCAAGCGUCCUCCCCGCAAGUAACGCGAGAGAAUUGCGUCCAUCUCUUCGUCUUCGCCGCUACUCUGGGCAUCCACAUGCUCUGCGACACACUCAUCUACCGCGAAGAAGGAGGCGGCGACUUUGAUACCUUCCUCGACCGCUUCGUCCACUUCUUCCGUGUUUAUCAUGGUGUCCGUACCAUUGUUAGCAAAGCCUCGCAUAUGAUUCAGGAUACGCCGCUCGGUUUAAGUUUCAACGUGGGCAUAGAUCUGUAUAAAUUCAAUGGAUGUCUCGGGCCCGGCUGUCAGCGCCUGAUGGAUCUGAUCUAUAGCGCGAAGCUCGGGAACGAACUCACGGGAAUAUAUAGGGAGGCUGUGGAAUCGUUACAGUCGUGUUUGAAUGUUAUAGAAGAGAAUCGGGACGAGCUGCAUGUGGGAAUUAAUGCGGUAACUACGUGGCCUAUCCUGAUGAAGAUUGAGUUCGCGGAGUCUUUGGAGCAGAGACGGCCUGAGGCACUGGUAAUUUUGGCUCAUUAUGCGUGUUUGUUGCACCGAUUUCGGGAAUUUUGGAUGUUUGGGGAUUCGGGGCAGUUUGUUAUCCAGGAGGUUAUGGGAUGCUUGGGGGAGGAGUGGGAGGAGUGGUUAACGUGGCCGAAGGAGGUUUUAGAUGAUCUUAACUAG